CCAAUCCCCGCUGGCCACAGCUAGCAUUCCCAUCCGGCCCCUUCUCCCUCACUAAACUUGGUGGCUGGCUUUCAACCGGAUUCCCAGCCAAUCAGGAGCGCCAUAGCAUCCCGCCUUUGCAGUGCCACCAACUCCGCUUAUCUCUGGCAGCUCAGCGCUGGUUUGAAAGUGGCGGGAAGCCGAUGCUUGGUGGCAUUUCUCACGGUCGCCAGUAUUUUUCACAAAAUUAACACAGGAAAAUAAGCCAAGAUGUCUGUUGAUCCAAUGACGUACGAGGCCCAGUUCUUUGGUUUUACACCUCAAACUUGCAUGCUUAGGAUCUACAUUGCAUUUCAAGACUACCUGUUUGAAGUGAUGCAGGCUGUUGAACAGGUUAUGCUGAAGAAGCUGGAUGACAUCCCAGACUGUGCAAUUACCCCGGUCCAAAUCCGUAAAUGCACAGAGAAGUUUCUUUGUUUCAUGAAAGGACGUUUUGAUAACCUUUUCAGCAAAAUGGAGCAACUGUUUCUACAGUUGAUUUUAAGAAUUCCCCCAAACAUCUUGCUUCCGGAAAAUGAAUCUCAGGAAAUGCAUCCUUGCAGUGAGGAAGAAUUCCAGCUUCUCCAAAAAGAAAUUGAACAGUUACAGGAGAAGUAUAAGGCCGAGUUGUGUACUAAACAAGCUCUUCUUGUGGAAUUAGAAGAACAAAAAGUUGCUAAAGCCACACUCAAAAAAACACUGGCUAUGUUUGAUGAACUUGAAAGUGUUGGCAGAGAUCAGGGGGCUAGUGACUUUAGGGAGAGCUUGGUGUUCCUAGUCCAGAACUCCCGGAAACUACAGGAUAUUAAAGAUAAUGUUGAAAAAGAAAGCAAAAAACUGAAGAUAUCUUAAUUUCUAAAUGGUGAAAGGAACUUACCGGAAAGUAGCAUGGUAGGACGGGGAAAAUAGCAUAAUGAUUAUACAGAAAGACUCUCAUAACUGAAGAUUCAAUCCCAAAUUCAAUCCCCCACCAUAAGCCAGGGCUGAGCAGUGCUCUGGGAAAAAAAAAAAAAAAAAAAGAUAAAGAAUUUAUUUCAAUUAUGACUCUUAUUCCAGUGAACUUUAUGACAUAUUGGAUUUUUCAUAUUUACUUUUACUCUGCAUCUUCCUCUUUCUUUGUUCCAAUUCUGAAGUAACUAUGUACUAUCGUCAGCCAAUCUUAGGAGCAUCUAUCCCAGAUACUUCUAAUAAGUAGGAAGGGAUACUUGACUCAAUAAUGACUAACUUAGGUUGGGGAGCAUGGUUAAAGAAGUAAAACUAUCUGGUCACUCAGACACUCAGAUAAAUUUAUAAAGUUAUAUUUUGGUCAUGAAUCUUAAUUCUUUUGACUUUGAUCCCCUUCACUUUUUCUUUGGAUGAGACUAAAUGAGAAAAGGUUAAAAUGAUAGCUUCUUAAUUAGCCACCAGAUUAUGGGACAGCUACUUGUUCUUGACCACUGACUUAAACAAGAAGUUGAUAACUAGUUGAAAGAAGUGCUUAGCCAGAAAACACAACUGUAACCUUUAGUAAAGAACAAAAAAGUUACCUUUAGUUCUAAAGUACCCCUUUCCAUUUCCAAUGCUUUGGUAAUAUUAAGCAAUUUACUGUAUUAGAGCCGAACAGAAGAUGGACAAAAAAUGAGAUACCUUGUUGGAAUAGAAAAAGAAGCUUGGGACAUAUCUGAUAGCUAAGUUUAUAUUAUCCACUAGGCAUUUAUGCCAACUAGUUUUCUUACUUGAGUUUUGCAAUCUGCCUUGUGCCUAAUAUUUGGUUUCUUAUUUAUUCAUGCUCAUAAACUCCAAAUAUUUAGGCCCCUUGGUGGGAGAUUUUAGCGAUGUCAUGUGCUUAAAUUCAAUGGAAUCUAGUUCUUUCAUAAUUAAUUUUCAAAGUGUUACAUCACAGAAGAAAAGGGGAGAAAUAGCAAUACUUGUUUAUUGUCUUCCUGAAGAACAAGAUUUGGAGUUUCUUUAUGUAGAAGAGAAACUUAGGGUAUUAGUAUUUGCUAUCAGAUAUCCACAGAAAUAAGUGUGUGCUUACCUGGAAUGUUUACUAUCAGAGUUCUUUUUUCUAAUCCCUCUAUAUUAAAUACAUCUAUUUUAAGA